AUGCUGAGCAGGAGGAGUGCGCUGAACGUGACGGUGACGGGGCCUCACCAGGGGGUCCUGGGCCUGGUGCUGUUCACCAUCGUCACCACGCUGCCAUGCUGCGCGUUCCUCUUCAUCAACCUCACCAUGCUGUACACGCUGCGCAGCCGGCCGCUGUUCAGAGAGGCGUCCCGCUACGUGCUGCUGUUCAACCUGCUGCUGGUGGACACCGUGCAGCUGUUCCAGAGCCAGUCCAUGUUCCUGCUGUCCGCGGUCAGCCUCGCGCUGCUGUACCCGGUGUGCGCCGCUCUCACCGCCUUCAGCAGCCUGACCCACUGCGUGUCCGUGGUCACGCUGGUCAGCAUGUGCCUGGAGCGGUACGUGGCGGUGUGCUACCCCCUCCGGCACAGCGCCAUCGUCACCCUGAGGAACACCGGCGCCGCCAUCGGGGUCAUCUGGGGCGUCAGCUCCUCCCACGUCAUCGUCCAGCUCAGCCUGAUGCUGUCCCGCUUCUCGGCGGCUGACCUGGGGGUCAUGCAGAUGGUGCACUACUGCGGGAAGGAGAGCGCCUUCAUCGACCCCGUGUCUGACCACUACGACAGAGCCUUCACCUACUUCCUGUUCCUGCUGGGGGCGGCCACCGUCUCCUUCGCCUACGCCGGCAUCAUCGUGGCGGCGCGCUCUGCGUCCACGGACAGAGCGUCGGCCGUGCGGGCGCGGCGCACGCUGCUGCUGCACCUGGUGCAGCUGGGCCUCAGCAUGUCCUCCACCGUCUACAACUCGCUGCUGAUCGUCAUCACCGGCAGCCUGGAGCGCGUCCCGGCCGUCCGCCUGCAGAUCGGCCUCUACAUGGCCGUCAUCAUCCUGCCCAAGUGCCUCAGCUCGCUCAUCUACGGCCUCAGAGACCACAACAUCCGGCCCGUCCUCGUCAUGAACCUCAUCUGCCAGUGCAGGGGCUCGGCUCUCCACACCAGAACCAGAACCAAGAACAGAAUCAGAGUCCAGCUCAGCUGAGACGUUCACUAGAAACUGGGAUAAUAAAGACGAUGAUGGGAGGAAGUCAGAAUGUUCAGCAAAUAAACCUGCAACUGUUUUCACUGAACCGAUAAUAAUAAUAAUAAUAAUAAUAAUAAUAAUAAUAAUAAUAAUAAUAAUAAUAAUAACAAUAACAAUAAUAAUAAUGUUUUUAUUUGCAGAAUGUCUUCAGGAGAUCAUAAACAUGUUUGUCUAAUAAUUAAAACCCGAAGUUGAUUUUUCAUGAAGAACUUUGAGUAACUUGUUGAAACCUGCAGCUUUUAAAACAACCUGAACUUUGAUUAAAAACACCUGAAACAUUAAUCUGACCAUGUUGAACAUUAAUCCUGCUGUGAUUUAGUGAACCUGCCUUAAUGUUGAAUAUGAAAUAUCAGGAUUGUUAUGAUGUUACUGUGUUUAAUAUGGAGUAAAACAGGUUUCUAUCAUCAUGAGAUCCAGGAUGUUUAAACCAAACUGGAUCAUUUCCAGCUGCAGAGCGAUUCGUUUCUCUAGAUUUCUCAUUAAGUUUAAAUCUGUUUUUGAUUUAAAACUGGAACAUUGAUUCAUUUUAGUUAUAUUCCAACUCUCUGUUAUGUUUCUUUAUUAUGCUGUAACUGUUUGUUUAGUUUUGUGUUUUUAUCAUAUUAAGCAGUUUAUAUGCUGCCUUGCUCAGAGGUCAGAGGGCAGCUGGAGGUUAGAAAAAUGAUGUGGUUUGAGUUUGGUGAAUUAAACUAACUCGAUUUAAUUCAAGUUCAUCAAUAAAACAUUAAAGUCAUUAAAGUUUUAAUGACUUUAUAACUCAGAGUAAAGAGCAUCAGUCAUUUUCUCUGGUUUUCAUCUUCAUCUUUCUGCUCCUCAUCACAUUUCACUGCUCAGCUCUGAAAAGUACAGACAGACUUUGGUUUGUCUACAUUAAAAAUUAAAAUAGAUUUUACAAUUUAGUUAGAAACGUGUUUGUAUUUUAGUUUAGUUUUUUGAAACCCCAUGCAGAUUUAAAGAGACGUAUCAUGCAAAAGCCACUUUUUUAGCCCUUAAAUAUUUUUUGUGUACUUUGAGUGCCAAGGACUGCAAAAAAAAGUAAAUUUAAUUACUUUUUUGCUGUGCUGAGUCAAUGUUUUUAUAUUCUAUGGGUUAUAUUUUCCAGUCUGUUAAUUUUUCUCUAUUGUCUAUAAUGUUUUCUUGUCUAUUAUGUCACAACAUUUGCUGUGGAUCUGAUAAAAAACAUGAUUUCCAGCUAAUCGGUUUUUUGAGGCCUCUUUUUUACUUUCCUUGCAGCCAUUUUGUAGUCCAAGUUCAGUUAUAUCGAAGUUGCAAGUAAACAAGUCAAAAUCUUCUGUUCUUGUGUGCAUUAAAGCACCUGGU